GGAGCAAGGUGGUGACCAGAGAGGCUGACCCCAACUUUUCUCCCAUGUGCUUGAUCACAGAGAGAAGUCUCAGCUGCUACCAGAACCUGGUCAGGGGCCAGUGCCUACCCUCUGAGUAGAGAGACCACCACCCAUGGCCCAAGCUGAGGACCUGACCUGGGGCACCAGGAGAGGCUGGGACAAGAUGGAGGAUGGAGCCCAGAUAGGAGAGGAGCUGGCUGAGCCACAGGGAGAAGCCAGCAGGAGCUGCACCUCCUGCUUCUGGAGCCUGAGGGAGAGAGAAAGGACGUGUGGGCCAUGGUGAGUUGGGGACUCUCCUCAUGCCGUGGUUCCCUCCAUGCCAGGGGCCUCUGUGAGCUGAAACAUGAAAGGUCUUUGGAUCAGAGGGAGCUGGGAGCCUGCUUGCCCUGCAGCUGGAAAGAAACUGAAAUUGUUCAAGUUCUCUCACUUUUCCCUGAAGACCGAUUCCCAUUUUCCCCUUUUGCUCUUAGUUUUUUAAGAGCCUUGCUACUCUGCAGGCACGUUCUCAGGUUCUCUGCCCAUCUGCAGCAUGUAUGCAUAUGCAUGUGUGUGUGUGUGUGUGCGCGCGUGUGUGUGUGUGUUGGGGGGGUAGGGAGCCUAUGACCGGUUGCCCCCUUGAACCCCACCAGGGGCCAGUCCAGGCCCCUCUGUGCCCUCUUCUGAGUCUCCAGGGCCGGCUCUUUCCUGGCAACUCCAGAAAGUGCCUCCUCACCUCAAAAGACCAAGAAACAAGGCUUCUGAUAAAGUGUCCCACCCAGUCCAGGCUGGGGCAGUUGGUCUGAGAAUGAGCGGUCAUUGAGGGGAGGAGAAGGGAGAAUAAAGGGGAUGGGAAGAGAGGCUCAGAGAAAACGAGAGGUAGAGAGAAAGGGACAGAGUGGAAGAGAAGGAGGAAGGGGAGAAGCUGGGGAGAUAAUGAGGAUGGAAGCGAGAGACAGAAGUGGAAAGAACUGGAAGCCUAGAGACAGAGCAGGAGAGAGAGAAAGAGAGAACAGGAAUGAGCAGCUGUGAUGUGGCCAGAGCAGUUCAUAGAAAAGAAACUCAGUUCAGAGCAGAAGGGAGGAAAGAAAAUAAGAAAGAAACAGAAUGAGACGCAAAGAGGAGAGGAGGGAGAGAGAAGGAAAGCGAGGAGGGUCAAAAAUGUGAGGAAAGAGAAGGACAGAAAAAAAAAUGAGAUGAAGCAAGACAGAAUAAAGGAGGGAAAAAAAAGGGGGAAUCAGGAGGAUGGUGAGAAAAGACAGGAGGGAAAGCCUGGAGAGAGGAUAGAGGGGCGUCCUUGCUGAGCUGCAUGUCAGCUCUGGUAAGCCGUCUAGCAUGUCAUUAGUGGGGAUCUAAGGCGCCAGCGGGAAAGUCCCCUCCCAGUGGGCUGGAGGCUGACGGAGGGCGGGCCCUGGGCUGGGAUCCGCAGGCAGGUGGCCGCCCCUGGGUGGGGCCGGCCAGCCAAGCCCUCGGGGUAUAAGUGGGAGGCCGGGCCUGCUGAGCACCUGUCGGGGGCAGCUCCUGGGUGCAGGUGCCAGGUAGGUGGCUCCGGCCAGCCCAGCCCCAGCAUGAGCUCCUUCGACCUGCCGGCGCCCUCCCCACCUCGCUGCAGCCCCCAGUUCCCCAGCAUCGGCCAGGAGCCCCCCGAGAUGAACCUCUACUAUGAGAACUUCUUCCACCCACAGGGCGUGCCCAGUCCUCAGCGGCCCUCCUUCGAGGGGGGCGGCGAGUAUGGGGCCACCCCCAACCCCUACCUCUGGUUCAACGGGCCCACCAUGACCCCGCCACCCUACCUGCCCGGCCCCAACGCCAGCCCCUUCCUGCCCCAGGCCUAUGGCGUGCAGAGGUCGCUGCUGCCCAGUGUGUCGGGGCUUGGGGGAAGCGACCUGGGCUGGCUGCCCAUCCCUUCGCAGGAGGAACUGAUGAAGCUGGUGCGGCCCCCCUACUCCUACUCGGCUCUCAUCGCCAUGGCCAUUCAUGGGGCACCCGACAAGCGCCUCACCCUCAGCCAGAUCUACCAGUACGUGGCCGACAACUUCCCCUUCUACAACAAGAGCAAGGCCGGCUGGCAGAACUCCAUCCGCCACAACCUGUCGCUCAACGACUGCUUCAAGAAGGUGCCCCGGGAUGAUGACGACCCGGGCAAAGGGAAUUACUGGACCCUGGACCCCAACUGCGAGAAGAUGUUCGACAAUGGAAAUUUCCGCAGGAAAAGGAAGAGAAAAUCAGAUGUUUCCUCCAGCACAGCCACCUUGGCCUUAGAGAAGACAGAGAGCAGUCUCCUGGCAGGCAGCCCCAAGACCACGGAGCCUCAGGACAUCUUGGAUGGAGCCUCACCAGGGGGCACCACCAGCUCCCCAGAGAAGCAGCCCUCCCCUCCCCCAUCGGGCACCCCUUGCCUUCACAGCUUCCUCUCCUCUAUGACAGCCUAUGUGAGCGGGGGGAGCCCCACGAGCCGCCCCUUGGCCACACAAGGACUGAGCCCUGAGCCCAGUGACAAGACGGGGCAGGACUCACUGAGCUUCAACUCCUUCUCUCCGCUCACCAACCUCAACAGCCACGGCGGUGGGGGUGACUGGGCAAACUCCAUGCCUACCAACACGCUCAGCUACGGAGGAUCUGUGCUCGGCCAGUUCAGCCCUCACUUCUACAACAGUGUCAACACCAAUGGUGUCCUCUACCCCAGGGAGGGCACUGAGGUCUAGGUACAGAACAGCUCCUGAGCCAGAUGGACAUGCCAGAAAGAAAAGCAGUGGAGGUCCUCCAUGCCAGCCCCAUGGUGGUCCAUGACUGUGCAACUGCCCAGACAUAAGCAGGAGCCUCCGAGGAAUCCACCCUCUUUCUAGAACACUGGUUAAGGCUUCUGUUUAUCACACAUAGGCCCACACACAGAAUCACCAACUUUGCAAUGGAAAUACUGGUGCCUGCAGAGCAGCAAUAACAGUGGCAGGUGCUGUACUAGGCUCUGUACUGGCCACACUUACUACUGACAGUCACCCUGUAAGGUUCACAAACCUUCCCAUUGAACAGAUGAGGAAACUGAGGCUCAAGGAGGUUAAGUAACGUUUCCAGGGUUAUAUAAACUAGUAAAUGGCAGAGCUAAGAGUCAAAUCCAGUUCUAUGUGAUCCUCAGAGAUUGGAGGCUGGGAUAGAGAACUGGUUGAGUAGCCAAGGAAGGUCAGUGUGAAAAGCUUGCUAUGGCAAAUAGAGCAAAAUCUCUCCACUGCUUUCUGUCCAUCAACAUUUAGUGUCAGCCCCGGCACAUCUUGUCCUGGUCCAAGACCUUAUUCUGCUUGCCCCAACUUCCCUGCAGACACUCCUUUUGCUACCACUCAAGGAAGGAAGUCACCAGUGGCCUUAGUGCAGGAAACUCAGCCCUGGUGGCCCUGAAGAACAAUGCAUCUUACAUGUGCAGUGCAUCCCCAUGGAAAGGCACCAUUGCUCCCUAGCUCCCCAGAAACCUUGAGCAGAUCCAGGGGUCAGUGAGAGAAGUGGUGUGUACCCCUAAAUCCUCCCACCCCAGCAGUGCCCAUCUGUAAAAUCUUGUAAAGCCCAGUUUCCUGUGUGCAUGUCAUGGGCCAGUGAGCUGGAGAUGGCUGAGUCUUCCAAGAGAAACAAGGCUGGA